AUAACAAACAAAACUCAGUUGUAGUUUAACUCAAGUCCAGUUUGGAUCUGACGCCAAAGAAACAAACAUUUAAAACCGGUCGGUCGUUUUAUUUAUUUUAUUGAAGUGUUUUUUUAAUAAAUAUCAACAAAAUUUAAAAACAAAUAACUAAUAACUAUUACAAGUGUUAAUUAAAUUUAAAAAAUCGAAAAUUAAACAAAAAGUCAUGAAGCGAACAUUAAGUUUCGCUUUAAUAUUUUUACAAAUUUUAAUAUUUGUUAAUGCCAGCGGUUUCUAUUCCAUUGUGGCCCCUGGCACAAUACAAUCUCAUCUUGAUUACUCUGUCAGUGUUACUCUGCAUGAAAACUCAGAACCGGCUACAAUUAAAGUAGGCAUAAAGGGACCAUCAUACAAUGAAGAAAAAACCGUCGAAAUCUCGCCCUCCCAUACAGAAGUCGUAAACUUCGAAAUACCUAAUUUAAAAUCGGGCAAUUAUCAAUUAGAAUCGGAGGGUAUUAAAGGUUUAAUAUUCAAAAAUUCCACUGAAUUAAAUUUUAAAAAUAAAGAACCCAAAACAUAUAUACAAACUGACAAGGCUGUCUACAAACCGGGAGAUUUAGUACAAUAUCGUAUUGUUGUAUUAGAUGAAAAUACAAGACCAGCAAAAUUAGAGCAACCCUUGACAUUAGGUUUUAAAGAUGGUGCUGGUAACUUUGUUAAGCAAAUCAAAGAUAUUCAAUUAACGAAGGGGGGUCUAUACGGGAGAAUUUCAAUUAUCCGAUCAACCAGUUUUAGGUGAAUGGAUUAUGGAGGUGAACAUGGGCCCCAAUGAAGAUGAUACUAAAACCGAAAAGAAAUUUGAUGUUGACAAAUAUGUGUUGCCCAAAUUUAGUGUUGAUAUAGAGACCGUAAAGGAUAUUUCCUAUGAAGACACCCUGAAAAUUACUGUACGUUCCAAAUACACAUAUGGUAAACCGGUCAAGGGUCAAGCUACCAUUGCCAUAGAUGCACAAAAUGGACAACUUAAAACGGAGAAAACCAUCGAAGUCGAUGGCAAGGGUCAUGUUGAAUUUGAUUUAGUGAAAGACCUCGGUUUAAUAAAACCUAAUUUUAAUGGCGGCUAUGGCUAUUACUCCUACACACCGCCCAUCAAUAUCUUCGCUGUCAUGACAGAAGAAUACACUGGCACUACACAAAAUAAAACAGCUUCGGUAAAUUUACAUCGUUCACGUUACAACAUUGAAGUGCCGCAAAAUGUUUAUGAUUAUGACCCCAAUAAAACUUUCGAAUUGAAGGCUUUUGUGAAAAAUCUUGACGGUUCACCGGUACAGAAUGGCAAACAUAUGGCCAAGCUUUCGAUUGGAAAAGAUAGUCACUUCUACAAUGAAAAAAACGAUGCAGUAGAGUAUGUGUAUACUAGUGAACUCGAUAAAAAUGGUAUGGCAUUGUUUAAGGUGACUAUUCCCAAGGCUGAUUAUUAUUACAAUGUAAGAUUGAUGUAUGCCGAUCAAACUAAAUAUCUUUCCGGUUUGCUGGGUAAAAAUAAAGAUACAAAAGAAAAUAAAGACAAAGAUGGUGAAGAAGAUGUGGGUCCGUUGAAAUUAGUCAAGAAAACUGAAAAAUUUCAACUGGAUCAAGAUGUUGUAGUCGAUGUUAAAUCUAACAAAAAUAUUCCUUAUUAUGUCUACGCUAUUGUCGCUCGUGGCAAUAUUAUUAAACAGGAACAUGUUAAAGUACCCGAAAAUAGCAAGUCUCAUGAAAUUAAAUUUAAACCCACAUUUGAAAUGGUACCCGAGUCACAUUUAUAUGUUUAUUUUGUACUUGAUGGUGAUUUGAAGUUUGAAGAAAUGACACUUAAUUUCCACAAAGAAUUUCAGAAUAAGAUUGAAAUCACUGCUCCAAAACAAGUUAAACCCGGCGAAGAGGUUAAAUUGAAUAUUAAAACCGAUCCAGAAUCAUUUGUGGGACUUUUGGGGGUUGAUCAAAGUGUGCUAUUACUUAAAUCUGGCAAUGACUUAGAUUCAGAAAGAAUAAUCAAUGAUUUAAAUUCGUACGCUACUUCGACUCCUUAUAUCAAGGGUUACGGCACCUAUCCGGGUAGAUCAUCAGGUUUAAUUACCCAAACCAAUGCCAAUUAUCCUUAUUCCCAAGAUCAUCCACGUAGAUAUUAUAACCGCUUACGACCUAUGCCUAUUAAUAACCGUAGAACUGUAUCAUACAGAGGUGGAGCUCAUACCCUUAGACUACCACAGCCGCAAUUUGCACCAACUGGUCAUUCCAGUGUAAAUGCAAUGUCAUCUAGUUCCAGUAUAGAACCAAAACUACGCAAAGAAUUUAUAGAAAAUUGGAUCUAUAACAAUAUAAAUAACACCGAUAAAAAUGGUUUGGCUACUCUUACCAAAAACAUACCCGAUACCAUUACUUCUUGGGUAGUGACCGGUUUCUCUUUAAACGAUAAAACCGGCUUUGGCAUGGUGGCAAAUCCUACAAACAUUGAAGUUUUUCAACCCUUCUUUUUAAGCACUAAUUUGCCCUAUUCCGUUAAGCGUGGUGAAGUUAUAUCCAUACCCGUAGUAGUCUUCAAUUAUAUGGAUAAAGCCUUAGAUGCUGAAGUCACCAUGGAAAAUACAGAUGAUGAAUAUGAUUUCACUGAAGUUUCCAAUGAAAUUGAGGAAUUAGUUUUAGAGGACAAACAACGUGUUAAAAGAGUAACUGUCCCCUCUAAUAGUGGUAAAAGUUUGUCUUUUAUGAUACGUCCCAAUAAGGUGGGAGAAAUUACCUUGAAAAUUAAGGCCAUAACACCCUUGGCUGGUGAUGCUAUACAUCAAAAACUUAAGGUAGAACCAGAAGGUGUUACUCAAUAUGAAAAUCAAGCCAUUUUUAUAACUGCCUCUAAAGAACCCUUUAAGGAAACUCUUAAAACUGCUAUACCCAAAGAAGCAGUAUUGGAUUCUGAAUAUUUGGAAUUUUCUGUGGUUGGUGAUAUCUUAGGUCCCACUAUUAAGAAUAUUGAUAAAUUAGUGCGUAAACCUUAUGGUUGUGGUGAACAGAAUAUGGUUAACUUUGUGCCCAAUAUUUUAGUUUUACACUAUUUGGAUGCUAUUAAACGUGAAAUGCCGACUGUGGUUGAAAAAGCUAAAAAUUAUAUGGAAGUUGGUUAUCAACGUGAAUUGAACUAUAAACAUAAAAAUGGUGCUUAUAGUGCUUUCGGUGAGGGCAGCAGUGAACCGAAUAGUUGGCUUACCGCUUACGUGGCUCGUUCCUUUAUACAGGCUAAAAAAUAUAUUACCAUUGAUUCGAAUGUCAUUGAUGAAGCAUUACAAUAUGUGGUAUCAAAUCAAUUGGAGAAUGGUCAAUUUAAACAGACUGGACGUUUAUUCCAUCCGGCUCAUCAGAAUGAUGUUGGUUUUACGGCUUUUGCUUUAUUGGCCUUUUUGGAAGAUAUGGACUAUUCUAACAAAUAUAAAUCAGAAGUCGAGAAAGGUAUUAAGUAUUUGGUGGAUAAUAUUGAAAAGGAAAGCGAUACCUAUGCUCUUGGCCUGGCAAUGGUGGUCUUAAAGAAAGUACAACAUCCUAGUGCUGACAAGCUAAUGGAAAAACUAGAAAAAUUAGCUCAUGAAGAAAAUAGUCUUAAAUGGUGGACAAAAUCGUCUAAGGAUCAUAACAACGAUAUUGAAAUAACAGCGUACAUAUUGGAAGCUUAUGUAUACACUGAACCAGCUGGAAAACUUUUACCCAUUAUUAAAUGGUUGAUAGGUAAGCGUAAUAGUAAUGGUGGUUUCGAUUCAACACAAGACACCGUUGUGGGUCUACAAGCUCUAAUCAAAUUUGCUGAAAAGUAUAUUGCUGGUGGAGAUGGUAAAAUGACAAUUAAGUUUGAGGCUCAAGAUGAAGAGGGAAAAGAAACCACUAAGGGUAGUUUUUCGGUAGAUAAGGAGAAUUCCUUGAUUUUGCAAACUCAUGUACUUCCCAAAUCCUCCCGUCAAAUAACAUUGGAAGCCAAUGGUGAAGGCUCAUCACUGGUACAAUUAUCUUAUCGUUAUAAUUUAGCCAACAAAGAUGACAAACCUAGUUUCAGUAUUAAGCACACAAUUCAACCAACCAAUUAUCCCAGUCUAUUAAAAAUGGAUGUUUGCUCUGAGUUUGUUCCCGGCGCCAAUAGUGAUUUAAAAGAAUCUAAUAUGGCCAUUAUGGAAAUAUAUCUACCAUCUGGUUUUACCGCCGAUACCGAUAAGUUCGAUGCCAUACGUCAAACCAAACAAGUACAACGUGUUGAAACCAAGAAUUCCGAUACAGCUAUUAUUAUAUAUUUCGAUUAUCUAACGGCUGGUGAAGAGGUAUGCUUUAAUGUUAAUGCCGAGAAGACUCAUGCAGUUGCCAAGCAAAAGCCAGCCGCCAUCACCAUGUAUGAUUACUAUAAUUCGGAUCAACGUGCCACUGUUUACUAUGAAGUCAAGUCAUCGUUGUGUGAUAUUUGUGAAGAGGGUGAAUGUGGCAAAGGCUGUGAAAAUAAAGAAGCCAAUAGAAAGGCAUAAAUACUAAAAAAUAUUAAAGAAAUAAAUAUUAACAAUUAAAUAAUAAAAUACUAAUAUGUAUGUAUAUAAAUAAUUCACAAACAUUAAUAAAAACGGUUGAAUUAGAAAAAAAAGUACUUUUUCGAGAUAGUCUGCUAUUUGUACUCAUAACUUGUUACCUUGUGUGCUGUUACAUAC